UGGUUUACCUCUUUCUACGUGUUAAGCACCUUCAAGUUAGCUUCAAUAACGACUACAUGUUUUAUCAAUGUGCAUUUAUACCGUGUGCUCUUUUAAAACAUGAAUCUCAUUCAAUGGGCUGUGUUUUUUAUUUUUACAUUAUACCUUACUGUGGAUAUUUGCAUGUCUGUUGGUAACCACUGUCCUGAAUCUUGUAAAGAGUGUACUAAGACAGAAAAUGAUAUCGUGUGCCACUGCAACUCAUCAGAGUAUUUCUUCAACGGAGGAUGUGUUCCAUGUACCGCCGUUGGGCUUGACUGUAUACGAUGUAGCAAGGCGUCUCAAUGUGAAGAAUGCAUCCCAGGAAAAUGGGGACCACAGUGUAUCAACAAAUGUGGAAGGGGCUGUAAAGAUGGAAAAUGUAAUCAUGAGGACGGGUCGUGUACAUGCAUUCGAGGAUUUCACGGAUCUGACUGCAAAAUGCAAUGUUCACCUAACUGCUUGGGCAACACUUGCUUGGACAAUGGUCACUGCAAUUGUACAACGGGAUAUUAUUUACCAACGUGUACUGCACAAUGUUACUCGGCAUGUGAAGAAUGUUCUAACGCUUCCUCAUGUACUGUUUGCCCGAAUGGAAGAUUUGGAGAUAAAUGUCAAAAUGAAUGUCAAUGCAGCAACACGAUUGGCUGUGACAUAAUAACGGGUGCAUGUAUAACUAGGACGUGUCCACAUGCAUGCAUAUCAUGUGUUAACAGUGAUCACUGCAAUGAGUGCACUGUUGGGUGGUUCGGAUUAAAAUGUGACUUAGAGUGUCCAAGAAAUUGUAAUGGGGGAUGUUUCAAGCCCUCUGGCGUUUGUAAUGCAUGUUCAAAGACAUAUUACGGCUCAAAAUGUGAUAAAGAAUGUUAUUAUUGUGGUGACAAUGACUGUAAACAAAAUGGAGAAUGCUACAAGUGCUACCCAGGUUUCUAUGGUUCAUUUUGUAACUUAACAUGUACAUAUCCAUGUACUGCAACGUGCAAUCAGGAAGACGGAUCAUGUACCUUAAAUUGUCCUGCAAACUGCUUAAGCUGUUCAGAUAGUGCAACAUGCACUAAAUGCAAAAACCUUUACUACGGACAGCUUUGUGGUUCACUGUGUAGCCCUACGUGUAAACAGGGAAAGUGUGACAUACAGUCAGGCCAUUGCGUGGAAUGCAAUUCGUCAUCGUACAAAGGAGACUUUUGCAACACUACCUGUAGCUCCAUAUGCUCCUCAAAUGGAUGCGAAAGACAAACUGGAAGUUGUAUUGGGUGCUUGGAUGAGAAGGUUUAUGGAGCAUUUUGCAAUUUUACAUGUAACACUAAUUGCAAGAAUCAAAUAUGUUUACAAGGAAACGGUUACUGCACAAAUGGAUGUAUAUCUAAUUAUUAUGGCACAACGUGUGAGAAAAUCUGCUCUGAGAAUUGUGCCAACUCAACAACAGAGUCAAAAUGUUACUCAUCAGGAAAGUGCAUAAGUGGGUGUGUUGAUGGUUUCAGCGGCGAUACGUGUAUAUCGGGAGCUAAUACGGAGAACGGAAAAAGUGAUGUAGCUGCUAUAGGAGGAGGUGUGGGAGGGAUGUUGGUGUUCGCUGUGGUCGUCGUUUUGAUUAUCAUCUUCCUUAAAAGGAGAAGAAAUAGAAAGCCCAAUGAAGAUCAAAGUGAAGAUAUUGAUUUUGAGUGUCAAACAAUAGAGCCAUUACAUGGAGAUUUUCCAGGCAAACAUGUUUCCACGAAAGCAACAACCGCACCGACGUUAGGAACAUUAAACGUUAAUUACAACCAUGUAUCGGACACAUUAAUGCUCGGUGGUGGCUUGGAAACAGCUACGGAAGAUGAUGAUCUAGAAGUUGAUUUAGACGAAGAGAGAAGGUCCCAAAAAAGGAAACUGGCAAAGAAGGUUGAGGAGAACGUUUACUACAUCGGUAUACAGGAUAUAGAGAAACGGAAAGUGAAAGUGGAGGAACUGGCGGCUUUUGUGGCUGGAAAGACUCUGGAUUACUAUGAGGAGGAAUUUGAUAAUUUCUCUGACGGCCUCACAAGGAGCUGUGACGCUGCCAAAAUACCUCAAAACAGGGCGAAAAACAGAUACAAGGGAUUAUAUGCAUAUGAUGCUACAAGGGUGAAAGUGACUGGUUUUGAUACUGAUUACAUCAAUGCUAACUACAUCGAUGGUUUCAAGGAGAGAAAUGCGUAUAUUGCCUCGCUUGGUCCAAUGUCGAAACAGAUGGGAGACUUUGGCAUGUUUUGGAGUAUGAUUUGGCAACAAAAGGUGGAGAAGAUUGUCAUGGUUACCAACCUGAUAGAGGAAGGGAAGGAGAAAUGCGAGCAGUACUGGCCCAAUGUUGGGACCACUUUGACCUACAGCGGGGUGAAGGUCACCUGUCAGAGCGAGGAUGAGUAUGCAGAGUUUACGAGAAGGUUGCUGCUCCUAAAUGAUGGAGAAUCUGAGAGGCAGCUGCACCAACUCCACUUCACGGCCUGGCCGGAUAGGGGAAUCCCAGAGGACGUCACAGCGCUGAUUGAGUUCCGACAUAGAGUGUUCAAUUCUCCUGCUCAUCUUGGCGGUCCAACACUGGUCCAUUGCAGUGCGGGAAUCGGUCGAACAGGGACAUAUAUUGCGUUAGAUAUUCUAACAAAGGAAGGCAAUUCGAACAACGCCGUUGAGAUUCCAGGAUGCAUCAUCAAUAUGAGACAGAACAGGCCAAACAUGGUCCAGACAGCGGAACAGUACGAGUUUCUACACCUUGCCCUGGUUCACACCCUGACUUUUAACUGUGAGCAGAUACCAGGUAAACAGUUUCAGGACUACAUGAUAGAGACCAGCAAAGGCGAUCUUAUCAGGCAGUUAAAGAAAAUAAAGGACACUCCCCACGUUCACACUGACGAUGAAGUCGUUGCUAUUGGACGAAACAAGUCUGAGAAAGGAAAGAACAGAAGUGGAGCAGAUAUUCCAGGCGAUGAAUACCGCCCUCGACUUUAUCUGGGAAUAAGCAAUGGUGAUUCAGAUUAUGUCAAUGCUGUCUUUGUUCAUGCGUUUCAGGCGAAACGGAAAUAUAUUGUCGCACAGUCUCCAAUGCCAAAUACUGUACAGGAUUUCCUUAAUUUGGCAUACCAAGAAAAUUGUUCAUGCAUUGUCAGCUUUGAGCAAAGUGACGGCAAAAAGGAUAUAGGUGAAUAUUAUCCAGCGGACAAUCAAGAACUCAAGAAAGGUCAACUGACUAUUUCAUGUGGGAGGGAUAAGGUCACGAACGAGUACAACAUCCAGAAAUGGCUAACUAUUGAGUUCAAGGGAAGCACACAGAGUGAAGGUGGCAAGAGCACAUUGCGACACUUUGAGUUUACAGACUGGAACCAGACUGGAAAUGUUCCAAGCAGCCUUGCUAACUAUGUCGCAUUUCUGAGAGAUGUCAAAAUGGCAUCGUCCAAUGGGCCUGUUCUUGUCCACUGCAGGGAUGGUGGUAGUAAGAGCGGGCUGUUCUGUGUUAUGGCAUUCCUCUUGGAGAAAUUGGUAGUAGAGCACGAGGUCAGUGUGGUAAAUGCCGUCAGGAGGGUCAAAGCCAGGAGACCCAACGCAGUGGCCAAUCAGGCACAGUUCGACUUCUGCCAUGAUUGUGUUCUGGAGUUUGUCCGCUCGUUCAAAACAUACUCCAAUUUCAGCGAAGAUAUAUAAAUUGAAUGUGGAUUGGAAAACAAUACUAAACUAUCUUGAUUUGUUUUCUUGUCGUCAAUUGUUCAUAUGUCUGUGUUUGUUUUUAAAUUGCAUACCAUUGUGUAAAGUUCGGGGCACUUCAAUUUUAGCGGUUCCUACAAUAUAAUUAUUCCAAGUUCAAACAGCCAACACAAUUGUCUUGGCUAUAUUUAGAAUAUGUAAUUCCAUCAGAUAUUUGGGGUCACCGCUCCAAGUAAGCCCACAUUUAUGCUUGAACUAAAAUUAUUUUUAUAAACUCGUUACCAACUGGGACAGUUAAAUGGUAUCUACUCAAAAUUACUGAACAUACUGUUUCAAAUCUAGUUAUAUCUACACGUAUAUUAGCUACUACUACUGCUGCUGCUGCUGCUGCUGCUGCUGCUACUACUACUACUACUACACUACUACUACUAGUACUACUACUUGUACUACUACUACUACUACUACUACUACUACUACUACUACUACUGCUACUGCUGCUGCUGCUGCUGCUGCUGCUGCUGUUGCUGCUGGUGCUGCUACUGGUGCUGGUGCUGCUGCUGCUACUACUACUACUACUACUUUUUUACGUGUAAAAUCAAACAAAUUGUUUCGUUUGUACAUAUAUAUAUGAACGUUUCUUAUUUGGAUUUUGUUAAGCUGUAGUUAUGACCCUACCAGUACGGCUUUAUCUAUUCACAGAUAUGUUAUAGUUAUACACACGUUUCUGCAUUUAUCUGCUUUAUUCUAAUUCUAACAAUCUGAGCGUGUUUUCUUUUUGUAUAAACUUAAUAGAAUGUUUAAGAACUUCUGCAACAUGUGAAUAGGUUCCUUCGCUAAUUGGAAUAUGGACACAUGAAUCUAUAUUGAAGAGUUGAGAUACUUUUCUGUAUUGCUCAUAACUACCCGGACGUUUACAAUGUCGAAUACGCUAAGGACUGGUUCCGCACAAAUGACAGGCUCUGGUAUUGUAAUAAGUAAUGUAAAACCGCCUAUUAACUGUCGCUUUGUUUUGCUAUUUUCUAUUGAUAGCAUUUGGCUUCGUGAUGCAUUUGCUUUGAAUGAGUGUUGUACUGAAUAAAAAAACCUUAAUAUUG